AUGUCGCUGGUGGUCGCCGCCGACGCCACUGCCGGCCCCAAACCUUUCCUGGCGAAGUUGUAUCAGAUGGUCGACGAGGAGGAAACGGCGGACAUCGUCGGAUGGACGCAGGCUGGCGACGGGCUGGUUGUCAAGGAUCCGGAGCAGGCGGGAGCGAGAGAGAGAUAUCCACGCGCCCUCCUACCGCAAAAACACCGCUGCGCGCGUCCCUUCGCCUGCGCGGCGGCUCGGCGGGGGCACAACUGCUGGUGGUGCCCCAGCAUGUGGUGGGCAGCCCCGCGGUGGCACGCCGCCAGCACUGCAGAAAUCACCCCUGCGCUAUCCUUUGCGCAAAAGCUGCUCCCGCUCCACUUCAAGCACUCCAACUUUUCGUCCUUUGUCGACCCCGACUCGUGGAUCUUCGGCCACGCGACCAACCCGCCGCAGCCCUUCGACUCUGCCGAGGCGAGCGCGCAAGAGGCGGCGCUGCGCGAGCUGCUUGCGACGCGCGAGCAGCAGCAAAACACGCGCCACUCGAUCACGAAGAUCUUCUCCUUUCUGACGCAAGAACAACAGUAA